CUGUUACAUUUUCACUCUUCACUUGCGUUGUGUUGAUCAUCUUUCUCAAUUGUCAAUGUUCUUUAACCAGAACUGAGAAGGAAAAUGGCAAUCGGAACCAGCAAAAGGAUUUCCGCAGCGUCAGCGCGUGCUCACACUCGCAGGAACAAGAAAACUAACUCCUCCAACCUCCCCUCUGGACUUCUUGGAACAGCGAUUAUAGUGUUGUUCAUUGGGUUUCUUUUUGGGGCCUAUCAGGCUAUUCAACCUCCUCCUCCCAAGAUAUGUGGCACUCCUGGUGCACCGCCUAUAACAGCGCCGAGAAUCAAACUAAGGGAUGGAAGGAAUUUAGCAUACAAAGAACACGGCGUCCCAAAAGAUGCUGCAAAGAAUAAAAUCAUCUUUGUCCAUGGUUUUGAUUCUUGCAGGCAUGAUGCCUAUAUUGCCAAAACCUUAUCACCAGAUGUUGUUGAGGACUUGGGGAUCUACAUUGUGUCUUUUGAUAGACCUGGUUAUGGGGAAAGUGAUCCUGAUCCAAAUCAAACAGGAAAGAGCCUGGCCCUAGAUAUUGAAGAAUUUGCUGCUAAAUUGGGAUUAGGGCCUAAAUUCUACAUAAUUGGUUACUCCUUGGGUGGGCAGAUUGUUUGGAAUUGCCUUAAGUAUAUCCCUGACAGACUGGCUGGUGCAGUGCUCAUAGCCCCAGCUGUUAACUACUGGUGGUCGGGUCUUCCUGCAAACUUAAGUAGUGAAGUCUUUUACCAACAAAAGCUACAAGACCAAUGGACAACUCGUGUUGCUCACUACAUACCAUGGCUAACUUACUGGUGGAACAGUCAAAGAUGGUUUCCAGCAUCAAGUUUAAUUCUUCAAAGUACAGAUCUUCUCUCCGUUCAAGACAAAGAACUGAUGCCUAAGAGGGCUGAUAGAAACAACCAUGUGGCACAGGUAAGACAGCUAGGAGAACAUGAAAGCGUCCACCGUGACUUAAAUGUUGCAUUUGGGAAGUGGGAAUUCAGUCCUUUGGAUUUGCAAAAUCCAUUUCCAACUAAUGAAGGUUCAGUCCAUAUUUGGCAAGGAGAUGACGAUUUGAUAGUGCCUGUUCAAGUGCAGCGUUACAUAGCACAAAACCUUCCAUGGAUUCACUAUCAUGAGCUUCAAGGUGCCGGUCACUUGUUCCCUCAUGCUGACGGUAUGAGCGACACUAUUGUUAAGUCACUCUUACAAGGGAAGUAAAUUACUACAUUUGAUGUCAUUGGCUAUCCUAGAUCAACAUAGUUACUAUUUGUUGCUUUAAAUCAUGUAUGUUGAUUAUUAGUGACAUGUAUGAUUAAUUUUGUAGCAUGUUUUCUAGAAGGCAUAGCAACUUCAGGAAGAAUCCAAUAGUUAUUUAAUAAUUAUAAACUCGUUUUUGUGGUGUAUGAUUUAUCAGAAGCUAUGUCUAUAGACACAGCUAAACUCGAAUUGUCUAUAUGAGUAAUUUCUUUAGGUAAAUUUCUGUUAGGUGAA